CGCAAGUUAGGACCUAGGGGACAGGUGGCGAGUCGGUGGCUGAAAAGUCUUGAACGGCGGUGGAAGAACCGUACACCAUGUCUUCUGUUGUUUCAUCAAAAGAAGAUACAAUGUCAUCUGAAAAAGCAGAUGAGAAACAACCUGAAACUGAAAACAAAGCUGAGGAAAGUGAUGAAGAUGAAGAAGAGGAAGAGGAGGAGGAGGAAGAAAAGGAAAAGAGUCUCAUUGUUGAAGGAAAAAGGGAGAAAAAAAAGGUAGACCGACUAACCAUGCAAGUGUCCUCGUUGCAAAAGGAACCUUUUACAAUUACACCAGGAAAAGGACAAAAACUCUGUGAAAUUGAAAGGAUACAAUUCUUUCUGAGUAAAAAGAAGACAGAUGAACUUAGGAACCUGCAUAAACUCCUCUACAACAGGCCAGGCACUGUUGCUUCCCUGAAGAAGAACGUGGGUCAGUUCAGCGGGUUCCCAUUUGAAAAAGGAAGUGACCAAUACAAAAAGAAGGAAGAAAUGUUAAAAAAAUUUAGAAAUGCAAUGUUGAAAAGUAUCUGUGAAGUUCUCGACUUGGAAAGAUCAGGAGUUAAUAGUGAGCUGGUGACCAGAAUCUUAAACUUCUUAAUGCACCCAAAAUCUUCAGGCAAGCCAUUGCCAAAGUCGAAAAAAACACCAAGCAAAGGUGGCAAAAAAGAGCGCAGUAGCACUGGAACAACAAGAAAAGCAAAACGCACCAAGUGCCCAGAGAUCUUGUCAGAUGAAUCCAGUAGUGAAGAAGAUGAAAAGAAGGAAAAGGAUGACUCUUCAGAAGAAAAAGAGAGUGAAGAUGAGCCCCCUAGAAAAGCAUCUAAAAGAGAAAAAUCUAAAAAGGUGACUUCCAAAACCAAGAAAGCUGUGAAGGGUGCGAAUGUCAAGAAGGCAGAUAGCAGCACUACUAAAAAAAAUCAGAACAGUUCUAGAAAAGAAAGCGAGUCUGAGGAUAGUUCAGAUGAUGAACCUUUAAUUAAAAAGCUGAAGAAACCACCUACAGAUGAAGAGCUUAAGGAAACUGUCAAGAACUUGUUGGCCAAUGCAAACUUGGAGGAGGUCACAAUGAAACAAAUUUGCAAGGAGGUGUAUGAAAACUAUCCUAGUUAUGAUUUAUCUGACAGGAAAGACUUCAUUAAAAAAACAGUCAAAGAGUUGAUUUCAUGAUCUGAUUUGACUGUGGGAAAUGAAGAUUCCUGGUUUUAUGUUCCCAUGGAUUUGAAGAUCUGAUAGGCACCAGCAAAAGGAAUGUGUCUUACCCUUGUGGUAUUUAGUCAGAGCUGAUUCUGCUGAUAUAAUGUUAAGAAUGUUGAUGUAAAUUGCUUCGUGUAUUUUUUUUUUUUUUGAAACAAAACAAAACUGCAUUUGAUGCAGUUUUUAGUUGGACAUACUUAAGUUUCGUGCAUGGCAAUAAAUGUUCCCUUUUUUAUAGCUUUUGUACAUUUUUGAAUUGCUUUGUAUAACUAGAUUCAUUAGAACCAUUGUAGCUUUUUAGUGUGGAUUACUAGCUUGCAGGAGAUUUUAAAAUCAAGAAAGAUGAAAGCUGCUUAUCUGCACAUGUACAUGCAGAGACUCGAAUAUUGCAGUAUUGGUUAUAAAGAUAUUUUGAAUACAUAUCCAUUCUGAAAAUAACAAGAGUUAGUCACAUGUUAAUGUCUUUUAUAUUCUGAUACACUCUACAGAUGCAGAAUUAUUCUAAAUCUAGAUUACUGUCUUGCAUGUGUAGGCACUGAGAGAACUGUCAAAGCAUGGUAACUAAUUGGCAUAUAGAUGUUAUUUUUGUACUUUUAAAAGGCUUUCUGUUGUGUAUAUAAAGUUAUUUCAGAUUUCUUUUGUGCAAAUCAGUUUUUUAAUCUUAUCUUAGGAUUCAUGACAUGAAAUGUCAAUAUCCAGCAGAGAGGCUGUGAUGAAAAGUAGUAUGCAGAAGUUUCAUGAAACUGCAAAAAAGUCGAGGUUCUACGAUGUUUGUCCCAUCCUACCUUGUACAGAAACUAAACUGUAGUUUUAUACUUAAGCUUUUCAGCGUUUAACUUUGUACAAAAGACUACAGAUACAUUUGUUUCAAUGGCUUGACAUAGUGAAUAAAAUCCCUCCAAAGGCUAUGGGAAAACUUCUAAAGUUCACUUUGCAAAAAGUCUUGUACUUCAGUGUCUUGACUUGAUGGCCUAGCAUCUCAGAAGUGGGUAUCCAAGAUGUACAGCUGGGAGGCUCGAUAGCUUUAGAAGCCCACAGUGGGGCUUCUGAAUCAGACGGCGCUGAUGUGUGUUGUUAAGCUCUCUUCUGUACGGGAAAGCUCUUCUGAACCUGAGCCUUGGUGCCUCAAUGUGAACAGUGGUACUUUUAAGCAUGCAGUCUUGAACUUCAGCCUGCAGCUUUUUGGAUCAAAGUGAAGUCUUUGCAUAAAUUUUUGUUGUUCAGGUUUCUGUUCUACAUACACCUUGUUGUUAAUAUGGGAAGUCCUACACCUAAAAUCAUGAAACUAAUCGUUGCCAAAGUGUGGGCUGCCAUUAAUGCAGUGAGCACGGAAUCCCUCUGACUGUAGUAUUGCUGGAAAGACAAAGCAUAUUUUUUUGAAUUUUAUUAUUGUACAGUUGAGAAAUAAGGGUUCAUAAAUGAUCUAAAUUCUGGAAAUGUUCAGCCAGUUAGACUAUUAAUCUUCACACACUUCUUGAAUUUCUUUGCGUGUAAUCAUUUAUAAUAAGGCUGAAUGUAAUGGGGGGUUUUUUGUAUUCAAUAAA